UUCCUCAUUGAAUUAGAAAUGUAGGUGGUUCGUAACUAACUACCCUGCCGCCUAAGUCUCUCCUACGUGUCGCGAUUAUUAGCAGCGACGGUUGGAUUCCACACAUUUCCACCUUUUCGUCCUUCCUUUUCUCACUCUGCUCCUCUCGAAUCGACAUUCCCGUACCUGCGUUGUAUUCCAUACUACAUCACCACAACUUCCCGCUAGACUCUUACAUUCAUUCGUAAAAGAACAUUACAGAUUAUCACUCGUAAUCCACUCUCAUUGCUCCGUUUCAACGACUAUCUGCUCCACCAUUUCUGCAUUGCGCCAGCACAAGUCAGCAGCAGCAGCAGCAGCCAUGGCGCCUCCACCGAACCCGCAUCACCAGCCUCAUCCUCCCACUCUUCCCACGGUCGCUGAGUCCCGGUGGGAGGACGAGCUCUCUCCAACCACCACAUCUACCAACGGCGCGCCGAUCUCUCCUCUUCUACAACGCGACCCGCACUAUUCCCUGCAGGAUAAGGCGCGAGCAGCGGCUGCAGCGUCCAAGGCAGCUGCCGUAACCCCCGCCGCAGCCGGCGCCGCCGAAGUGCAGCCCAAUGCCGCAUCGUAUUCGAGCUCCAACGCCGAAGGGGAUUUCUCGUUUUCCGUCCCUUCCGCAGACCCCCACGAUGCAACAUCUCCUUCCGCUUCCGCUUCCGCUGCCGAUACUCGCGCAACCUCCGCAGGCGCCAGCGACGACUCCAGCGCCGCCGGUCGCGCAGCCGCUUCCGCCAGCAGUAAUGGGGAGCAACGCGCCCCCUCGCGGCCGCUGCGGCCGUUAAGCAUCGAAUACCCGUCGGGUACGGCGCCUGGAGCGCAGAAAUCGCCGUCAAAUGUGGAGUACACAAGCAGCAGCAGCAGCAGCAGCGCGGCCAUGCCCGCGCGAUGCCACGUGGCCGACGCGGCAGCACGAGCCCGCACGGUUCGGGUGGUAAGAUCGGAGUAGCGGGGCUCGCGGGGAUCGCGGGGACCGCUCGCGCGGCGGAUGGCGGAGAUGACGUGGAGUCGUUGCUUUCCCCCGGUAUGCUGCAUUCUAACCACCCUAAUCUGUACCUCCCUAAUCCGAGGCCGUCUCCGAGACUUACGGCUCAUCCGCGGCUGUUCCCGCGGGGUUUGUCGUCGCACCCGUCGUCGUCCAACCUCUCGGCGUUGGAUUCAGUUCGUAACUGGUUUUCGUCAUUCUUCGCACGGUCGGCUGGCGGAACUCCGUUGAAUUCGCCAACCACGGCCGGAGCGGAGGACAGGGGAGGGGGAGGGUUUGGCGGAAAGAUUUCGGCGCACUUUUGGUUACUGGUCCUGCUGCUUUCCGCGGUAGGGUUGGUGGUUGCUGUGAUGGUGUGCGUGUGGCUGGUGGUGAUAGCGAAAGGCGGCGAUAGUGGUAACCCGGAGGACUAUUACCUCGGGCCGCACACUUUGCGAAUCAACGAAGUGCAGGUCGUGGGGAGUCGUAACAGUUACCACGUGGCACCGGAACCGGAGGUGAUGAAGUGGCUGUGGGAGAGCGGAAUGAUGUCGUUCGCUCGGACUGCGAAUUUCACACACAAGCCGUUACAGGAGCAGCUCUCCGCGGGUUACCGUUUUCUACACUUCGAUGUGCUGUAUGAUCCCAGGGCGGCCGCUACGCCUCCCAAACGUGUACCAGCGCAUAGACCGAGCGCCCAACACUCAGCUCAACCUCAAUGAGCCGGGCUACAAGGUGAUGCGCAUGCAGGACGUGGACUUCCUCUCCACGUGCGGCACGCUGCGCGACUGCCUGGCGGCAGUGAAGGCCUUCUCCGACGACCACCCGCGCCACCUGCCCAUCACCAUCAGCAUCGACUUCGGGGAGGGCUCGCCCAUCAUGCGCCGCCUGGCGCAAGUGCUCACUCGGCCGCUGCCCAUCACAGAGCAGAGCCUGCUGGACCUCGAGUACGAGAUCCUCUCCAUCAUCCCGCGUUCCCAAAUCAUCACCCCCGACGACGUGCGCGGCUCACACUCCUCUCUCGCUGCUGCAAUUGCCACCCGCUCCGCCUGGCCCGCGCUCUCCACCUCCUCGGGCCGCUUCCUCUUCCUCCUCUCCCACGCCAAGGCCCUCCCCUUAUACCGCCAAAUGUCACCAACCCUCGAGGGGAGGCUGCUCUUCACUGCGCCGACGGCAUCUGGGGAAGGCGACAUCCACAACUCUCCUGACCAGGCGGUGCUGAUAGUAGAAUCCCUGGACUCCCUCGCAGCGGAUAUGGUGACCAAGGGGCACCUGGUUGUGUGCCCCGUUGCGCCGAUGCGAUCAGAACUGGCGGUUUUCAUGUGGGACCAGGCGGUGAGGGCAGGGUGCCAGAUUAUCACUGUGGCUGAUCUGUGGAACGAGCAGACGGAGAAGCCGGUUGGGACGGGGAGCGACGGCACGGAGACGGGUUUGCAUAGGGGCCGGCAAGGACAGGAAUCACCGCCAUCGUCGUCAUCAGAUGCGACAAAUCAAGGGUCAGAAUACACUGGAUCUCCUUCUGAAUCAUCCUCAUCAUCUCCAUCAUUAUCAUCUGAUUUGUCGUCUGAUGCGGCAGCGGCGAUACCAGGCGCAGGAGGGGAUGGACUGGGAGGCGUGGAUAAGAACUGGGAGGUGCAGGGGCUGCACGGGGGCCCUCUGCUGAAGCUGCCUCUGCUGGUGGAGGGCGGGGCGGGCGUGCAGGCCAAGUGCCUGAAGCAGCUCAACAAGGAGGAGUGCGAGAAGGCGCAAUGGGCGAAGCUGACUGAGCCUGUUCCGGAACAGAGGUAGUAACAGGCAGGCCUGGAAUCUAGUUUUUAGGCGCCUCAAAACUGAUGAAGCUGCCUCUGCUGGUGGAGGGCGGGGCAGGUGUGCAUGCCAAAUGCCUGAUGCAGCUCAACAAGGAAGAAUUUGAGAAGGCGCAGUGGGCGAUGCUGACUGAACCUGCUCCGGAAGGUAGAGAGACAGAGGGACGGGCGGGCUUGGAGUCUGGAAUGUGGAGUGGGUUGGGAAAGAGGUACGGGAGGUGAGCAGCUUGAAGGUAGAGCUUAUGGGUGUGAAUCCAAGGUGGGUGACAGAGAUGUUCAAACUUGAUUAGGAGGGCUUCUUGUGAGUGCAGGCAGUGGGUCUGCUACCUGUGGAGGUCAGGCAUGGCAUAGACUUCAUGUGGUGUAGGUUGUACCUUUCUAGUCUGGUUUGUAAGAGGAUACAGGAUUUAGUGGAUCACAUUUGCAUCUUAAUAGACGUGGCAGUGCCUG